CACAACUGUCAUUGAAACAUAGACAAUGAAACAUCAAUUAUUCAUUAUUUGCUCACAAUUAUUGAAAUAAUUUUUUGGAAAUUUGUGCAUUUGUUUGAAUAAAAGAAAAAUUGUUUGUGUUAAUUAAAAAAAAAAAAAAAAAAAAAAAAACAAAAAGAAUGAGUGAAUCGCCAUCUUUUUCGCGGUCAAAGCGACAAAAAAUCGAUAAACACGGUCGUUUUGCUGCGUUGGAACGAUUGAAAAAUCUUAAAGGAAACAAAAACAAAUAUGAAGUGGCCGAAAUUGAAAAUGUUUACGAUGAGGUGUCAGAGAAAGAAUAUUCGGAACGUGUAUUAUCGCGCGCUGCCGAUGACUGGAUCGAAGAUGAUGGCACCGGUUAUGUUGAGGACGGUCGUGAAAUUUUCGACGAAGAAGUAGACGAUUCUGAGCACGAACCGAAUAAAAAACGUGACAAAUCAAAGAAAAAAGAGAACAAAAAACAUUUGCGCGAUGUCAACAAACCAGUUGAAGGUAAUGCAUCGAUUCGAAGCAUGUUUGGCAAUGCGUCUACAAAGAAAAAAGAGGCCAAAUUGGACAAUGAUGAUCUUCUGGCUGAUAUUUUGAAUGAAAUAAAUCCAAACGAUUCGGAAACCAGUGGAAGCAAAAAUUCCGAAACCGAAUCAAAGCCAAAACCAUCGGUGACCGCCAGUAAAAUAAAUGAAAAAACUGAAAUGGCUUUGGCAAAAGAUUACAUUGCAAAACUCACAAAAGCGGUUCCACGUAAACAAGCGCCCAAACCAGAAUCAACUAGUGACGAUGAAAUGUUAGAACGUUUAUUAAAGCCAACGACAAAAGAUCAAAUAAAUGUUCGUCGUUCGAUGAAGCGUCCACGCGAUGAAACUUUUCCUACUGAAAAUAAACUGGAUCAAACGCCAGCUAAAAUGAGCAGUUCACAUGGUGCCAAGAGUGGUACGGCAAAUCAAAUCCCGCUAAAAUCAGAACCAGUUACGCCAAGUGUUAAAAAUACCGUCGACGUUGAUAUGAACGAAUUGAAUGACGAUGAUAUGAUGGAUUUUAGUAUGUUGGACGAUGAGGAGAAUCAAUUCAGCGAACAAGUGGCCGAUAUAUCUACAUCAAAUGAAUCGAAUGCGAAAGCUGAACAAAUCAAGGCCGAAUUGGUGAAGAAAGAGAACGAAAACUAUGCAAAAUUGUUAUCGAAUUGGGAAAAUACGUUUGCCAAUGAAAAUGAUGAAGACGACGAAUUGCUGGGUUCAAUUGACGUCGACACAACACAAGCAUCGAUUACAAGCACGGUUGAUGGUAAAACGGCGAUGAAAUUUUGGUAUUGGGACGCGUAUGAGGAUCCAAUCAAAAUGCCUGGAAAGAUUUUCCUUUUUGGCAAAAUGGUAUCCGAUCAAAAUCCUAAAGAAUUUAAGUCGGUGUGCGUAACAAUUGAAAAUGCGCAACGAUGUUUUUAUUUAUUACCACGCAAAUAUGCAUUAGAUCCAAUUACAAAGGAACCGACCAACAAGGAAGUUGGACUGAAUGACGUAUACAGUGAGUUCAAUGAUUACCUUCCACAUGAUUUCAAGAGCCGAAAAGUCACAAAGUAUUUUGCAUUCAAUGUUCCCGGUAUUAAUGUACCGCAAGAGUGUGAUUAUCUUCAGGUGCUGUACACUGCCAACCAUCCACCCCCUGAUCCAAAGAAAGUGUUUAAUAACAUUGAACACAUUUUUGGUUGUAAUACAAAUCCAUUGGAAACGUUCUUAUUGCAACGUAAGAUCAAGGGUCCUUGUUGGUUAAAUAUUAGCAACUAUCAUGUGAAUAAAGUGCAACAAUCGACAUGGUGUAAUUUGGGUAUUACCUGCUUAAGCCCAGCAGAAAUCAGUGUUGCAACUGAUGUGAAAGAACCUCCACCACCUUUGGUCAUUGCAACGUUAUACGUUCGUACCGCUUUACAUCCGAAGACUCAAACAAAUGAAAUCGUUAUGAUUGCAUUUUUGAUUAACAAUAAAUUUGCAAUCGAUAAAAAAGCGCCAAAUCCACCGUUUACCAAACACUUGUGCGGUUUCACUCGGCCAAGUUCACAAAAUUGGCCGAUUGUCGGUAUGAAUGAGACGGCAACGGCAACAUUCAAAAAUCUAAAAGCAACGAAAUUAGAUUCGGAACGUGCGUUGCUCAGUUGGUUUUUGGCCACAUUCAAAAAUCUCGAUGCCGAUUUGAUUGUGACCCACGAUGCAAGCGAUUGUCAAUUGGAUAUCAUUUGUGAUCGAUUAAUGGCCAUCAAAUUACCGAUGUGGUCACGUAUCGGACGAUUAAAUUUAUCGUCAAUGCCGAAAAAGUUUAAAGACUGUUUUGUGGGCCGUAUGAUUUGUGAUGUGAAAUCAUCCGCCGAAGAAUUGAUCAAAUCGAGAAGUUACGAUUUGAAUACACUCUGCGAAACGGUUUUGAAACCGAAAGACACAAAAGACAGCGAAAAAAUCGAAAGAAUUGAAGUAUCAAAUGAUGAAUUACACGAAAUGUACGAGAGUUUUGAUGGAAUUUUAAAAUUGAUCACGUUGACAUUGCAAGAUUGCUCGUACGUACUAAAAAUCAUGUGUGAAUUGGAUGUGCUACCGUUGGCACUUCAAAUCACCAAUAUUUGCGGUAAUUUAAUGAGUCGAACUUUGCAAGGCGGUCGCUCAGAGCGAAAUGAAUUUUUACUGCUGCACGCAUUCGAUGAACAAGAUUACAUUGUUCCUGAUAAGAAAAGCCGAGAGGCAAAUUGGAAUAAAGAUGAAACGAUAGUGGAACAGUCACAAAUUAUGGAUGCAACACAAGCUAUGUCAUCAACAUUAACGCAAACACCGGCUCCCAAUCAAACUGGUCGUAAGAAGCCUGCCUAUACCGGCGGUCUUGUUUUGGAACCGAUCAAAGGAUUUUAUGACCAAUACAUUUUAUUAAUGGACUUUAAUUCACUGUAUCCGAGUAUUAUACAAGAAUAUAACAUUUGCUUUACAACUGUUGAUCAACCAGACAACGAAGAUGAUCCAAUUGAUGUUCCAGAUUCAACAUCAAAGCAAGGAAUUUUGCCACGACAAAUUCGUAGUUUGGUUCAAUGUCGUCGCGAAGUAAAAAAAUUGAUUGUUCCGGGAAUCGAUGCAGAUUUGAAAGCGCAAUACAAUAUUCGUCAGUUGGCCCUAAAACUAACAGCAAAUUCAAUGUAUGGUUGCUUGGGAUUUUCACAUUCACGAUUCUACGCAAAACAUUUGGCCGCACUGGUUACACAAAAAGGUCGUGACAUUCUACUCAAUACAAAAGGCAUCGUAACAAAACUCAAUUUUGAUGUUAUUUACGGUGACACCGACAGUAUAAUGAUCAAUUCGCAUAGCACCGAUUACGAUGAGGUAUUCAAAAUUGGCCAUUCAAUAAAACAGGCAGUCAAUAAAAUCUAUCGUCAAGUUGAAUUAGACAUAGAUGGUGUUUACAAAUAUAUGUUGUUGUUGGCCAAAAAGAAAUACGCCGCGGUCACAAUGACCAAAACAAAGAAUGGUGAAUUGGAGUGUCAUCAAGAGCUAAAAGGAUUGGAUAUCGUACGACGUGAUUGGUCACAAUUAUCAGUCGGGGCGGGUCAUAUGGUUUUGGAUGAAUUGCUUUCUGAAUCGCCGCUUGAUGAACGGAUCGAAAAUAUUCACGCAAAAUUGGAGAAAAUUCGUGAUGACCUUAAUAAUGAUGAUAUACCAGUCAAUAUGCUGACAAUAACAAAACAAUUGACCAAAAAUCCACGUGAAUAUCAGAAAAUUCAAUCAAUGCCACAUGUUCAAGUUGCAUUACGUAUGAAUGCAACGAAAAAUAAACGAUUCAAACGUGGCGAUAUGGUUAGCUAUGUGAUUUGCGAAGAUGGAACCGAAAACAAUCCGAUGCAACGUGGCUACCAUUUGGACGAAUUGAAGAGUGAAAGUAAAUUGAAAAUCGAUAAAGUCUAUUAUUUGGCCAAUCAAAUCCAUCCCGUUGUAUCUCGUUUGCUGAAACCAAUUGAAGGUACAGAUUCGGCACGCAUCGCACAAUGCCUUGGCCUUGAUCCGACAAAAUAUCGCGAAGCGGCACAAAGAACCGUUUACGAUAAUGAACGUGGUGAAAGUAUUGGCGAAUCCAUUGUGCAAUCAAAUGCCGCCAAAUAUCGGGCAUGUGAAAAAUUUUCAUACACAUGUCUUGAAUGUAAAACCGAAAAUGUCAUUGCAAAACCGUUUGCAAAGAUCGAUAAUCAAUUUUUACCAGUGCUUACAGCCUGUGCAAAUAAAGAUUGUCAGAGAAAACCAUACACCCAAUUGCAAAACAUCAAGAACCACAUAUCGCUGGCGAUUCGAAAAGCAAUACGUUCUUACUAUGACUAUUGGAUGGUUUGUGAUGAUCCAAAUUGUAAUCAAAGUACACGAACCUUUGCACAUGUGGUGGACAGCCAGGGACAUCCGAUAUGUUUGUCAUGCAAACGUGGUAAUUUGCUCAAAUGUUACUCCGAAGGCAAUUUGUAUACACAACUAAGAUACUUCCAGUUUAUGUUUGAUUUACCAAAAUAUGAACAAACAUUGAUCCGUACAACGUCUGAAAUGGAAGAGACUUACGGCUUGUUGCGCGAACAUGUCGACAAAGUUUUGAGACGAUCAUCUUUCCAAAAUGUUAAAUUAUCCGAAAUAUUUCGCCAAAUGGUUCCACUACAAGAUACGAUAAUGGCUAAUGGAUCAGCUUUGACAACAGCAUGAUGAAUUUUUUAAACAUUUUUAAACAUUCUUAUUUAAUAAAAAGCAUCUUGUAUUUUAAAUUUCAAUGAUUGAUAUCACAAUAAAUAUUAAGGCUAUGAUGACAACAAUA